AUGAAGUCCAAGACCGUCGUUGGAGCUUGCUUGCUAUUGCCAAACAAACUCAACUUUCGGAUUAAGUUUUCUGAAAGAAGCAAGAAAAAAGAACUAAAAGCAGUAUUCUUCAGUUCCUUCAAGCUCACCCAUCUCCCAGAACGCAUUGGAUGUGAUUUGGACGGCAGACGACAGAAAAUCGACGUCGCUGCCGUGGAGCUUUUGUAUAUUUCGAUACAUGAGCGUCAGGCCGAGGCCCGCACCUGCGUGGAAGAAUUACGUCAUGGACUGAGAAUGGGGGAAGUGCUCAUCGACUACGUAACAAAUGUUGCAUACCCUCAUAGCCUGCGCGUAGUGUUCGAGAUGCCUUCGGAAGCGGAAUUGCGCUGUUAA